GCGGCCGCCGUGGCGAGAAAGGCCGCGAGAUGUAAUCGGCCCAAAACUGCUGCAGCUGCUCCCACAGGCGGCUGGCAUGGCUCGUAGCGGAGCACUCGAAGGUUGCCAGGGCGCGGACCUUGUAGGGCACGCAGGUGCUCGGAGGGGAGCCUCGGGAGCGCUGGCGACUCGUGCUGCGCUCUUGUCUCGGGAGCCCGGAUGUCCAGAAUGAUGAAGGCGAGCCUGGGGGAGCUGCUGGGAGACAAGAGUCCGGAAUUUUCCAAGAAGUGCUCUGAAAGGUGGAAGACAACGUCUGGGAAAGAGAAGUCUAAAUUUGAUGAAACGGCAAAGACGGAUAAAGUGCACUGUGAUCGAGAAAUGAAGGGAACAGCUAAGGGAGGCAAGAAGAAGAAGGAUCCUAGUGCCCCCAAAAGGCCACCAUCUGGAUUCUUCCUGUUCUCUUCGGAAUUCUGCCCCAAGAUCAAAUCCACAAACCCUGGCAUCUCUAUUGGAGAUAUGGCAAAAGAGCUGGGUGAGAUGUGGAAUAACUUAAAUGACAGUGAAAAGCAGCCUUACAUCACUAAGGCGGCAAAGCUGAAGAAGAAGUAUGAGAAGGAUGUUGCUGAUUGUAAGUCGAAAGGAAAGUUUGAUGGCGUAAAGCGUCUUGCUAAAGUUGCCUGGAAAAAGGUGAAGAGGAAGAUGAAGACGAGGAGAUGAGGAGGAGGAUGAAUAAACAAAGUGUUUAUCUGUCAAAAAAAAAGUAAUGGAUAAAAAUG